GACGAUACGAUAUCACAUUCUUUUCUCGUGUCAAUUUGCUUCUCGUGUCCCAGACAAGAGCUUUCCCUUCCCACGUCAUUCCCCUAUCCCGCCCCCCUCCCUCCCGAGUCCCAGUCCCGUCCGUCGGUGCAAAGCAGGCCCGUCUCACUCAUCCAAGUCAACGCCUGUAGGAAGGGAGUGAAGUCCUUCCUUCUCCAGCCUCCUCCAGCCCCCUCGGUCCUGCUCCUUCCUCCUUGGGCUUUUGUCAAACGAAACGUUCCAUGCGCCGUCUCUGUCUCGUCUGUCAUGUCUCAUGUUUCAUGUCUCAUCCCUCACGUGUCCUGUCAUCCUACCCAGCCCUCAGGUCAACCUCAGAUCUCAGGCUUACAGAAUCCAUCCCCCCUCCCCACAGACAAACAAGGGGCCCGUCCGUACCUGACCUUACGCCCUCCUCCCGUCACAUAGAUCUCCCGACCUGCAGUUAAUCCUCAUUUCCUCGCCCGUAGAUCCCAGUCGCAUCCCUUUUCUCAACCGAGAGGAAGAUAAGAAGUAUUUGAUUUCAUUGCCUUUGUGCCGAAUGCUACUGUACCUACGUACUGCCUUCGUAUAGGACGCGCGCAAUAAGAUUACCUUACCUCGCAGACGCUACUCCGUCCACCGUAUCCCGUAUACAUUCCCAGCCUCGUAUCUGAGAUGCCGUGCCGCGAGGCUCACUAGCCGCUUCGGGCGCUUGCCGACCGUCUCUGCACUCGCAUUUAUAUCUUGUCGACUCUUGGAUUCCCGCCUUUCUCUCUUGGCCGCU